UCGCAUUCUCUUUCUCUCACUUUUUAGUUAUUUUCAGCAUAAUAAUUUCUUCUCCCUCCAAAAUCGCGUGGAUCUCUGAACAGUUUUCUCUCAUUUUCCUUCACUCUCUAUCCAUUCCACUUCCUUCAUCAGAUCGUCAUCACCGUACAUAUUAUAGGUUACUAAUUGAUUGAUUCUAAAUUAUAAUUCCAGAAGAUCUAGGGUUCCUGCUGAAUCCGUAACUCGCUAUCUGAAUUCCUCAACCGCAUUUCCGAUUGUUCUACGUGGUUCCGAUUUGGAGGCGUUGAAAUUCAACUUGCUCCGCUCUUUUUUUAAAGGAAAAAGAAAAAUUAAAAUCAGGAUUCGUGUUGAUCUCUGUGCUAAGUGAUUUGGUUUGUGAAUGAGAGAUAAGGGAACGGAAUUGGUUUAGAUAAACAUGGAGGUCAUCACUGAUACGGCGUCGUUGGACGUCGAAUUGUUGCAGCUGUCAGAGUUUUCCGCUUUGGCCCUCAAGUCUAACAUCGCUUUCAUCGAGAAGCUCUUCGACCAGUGGUUGUCGCUUCCCGAAAGUAAUCGAGUGGUAACAUCAUUGCUUAAUGAAGCAAAGUCAGGUGUUCCAUUGAAUGUCCCUGGGAAUAGCUCUAGUCCAAAUGCUGCAAGUAAUUCUCUGCCUUCCAUGUUUCCUGCUGGCACUGCACCACCUCUUUCGCCUAGAAGUACAUCUGGUUCCCCUCGCAUUGUGAAACAGAGAGCUGGCCCUUCUAAUUUGGGUUCUCCUUUGAAAGUUGUCAGCGAGCCCAUUAAAGAAGUGAUACCUCAGUUCUUCUUUCAACAUGGACGUCCACCUCCAAAAGAACUGAAAGAACAAUGCUUGCUUAAAAUUGAUCGGUUGUUCUAUGACCAUAUGGGUGGCAUGCUGGUGCAUGACUUCAAACCAAUUACUAAGGAAGUUUGCAAGCUGCCAUCUUUUUUUUCCACUUCUCUUUUCAGAAAGAUUGACGACGGAACUGGUGUUGUGACAAGGACAGCAUUUAUUGAUUAUUGGAUUAAUGGCAACAUGUUGACGAUGGAUAUAGCUACUCAAGUAUACAAAAUUUUAAAGCAACCACAGCUGAAUUACCUUACUCAGGAUGACUUUAAACCUGUACUUCGUGAGCUUUUAGCAACUCAUCCAGGCCUGGAGUUCCUGCAGGGCACACCUGAGUUUCAAGAGAGAUAUGCUGAAACUAUAAUAUACAGAAUCUAUUAUUACAUUAAUAGAUCUGGAAAUGGUCGUCUCACCCUAAGGGAGCUGAAGCGAGGAAAUAUAAUUGAUGCAAUGCAUCACGCCGAUGAAGAAGAAGACAUUAACAAGGUUUUGAGGUACUUCUCUUAUGAGCAUUUUUAUGUUAUAUACUGCAAGUUUUGGGAGCUGGAUUCAGAUCAUGAUUUCUUGAUAGACAAAGAAAAUCUUAUCAGAUAUGGUAACCAUGCACUUACCUAUCGAAUUGUUGAUAGAAUAUUUUCUCAGGUCCCUAGAAAGUUUACCAGUAAGGUUGAGGGAAAGAUGGGAUAUGAAGAUUUUGUUUAUUUCAUAUUGUCAGAAGAGGAUAAAUCAUCCGAACCAAGUCUUGAGUAUUGGUUCAAGUGCAUAGAUUUGGAUGGAAAUGGAAUUCUGACAAGGAAUGAGCUGCAAUUUUUUUAUGAGGAGCAGUUGCAUCGGAUGGAGUGCAUGGCUCAAGAGCCUGUGCUUUUUGAGGACAUAUUGUGCCAGAUAAUAGACAUGAUUAAACCCAAGAAUGAGAGCCAUAUAACUCUGCGUGACCUGAAAGGUGGUAAACUUUCUGGAAGUAUUUUCAACAUCCUGUUCAAUCUAAAUAAGUUCAUGGCCUUUGAAACUCGCGACCCAUUUUUAAUUCGUCAGGAACGUGAGAAUCCAACAUUGACAGAAUGGGAUCGAUUUGCUCACAGAGAAUAUAUUAGGCUUUCAAUGGAAGAAGAUGUAGAAGAUGCUUCUAAUGGAAGUGCAGAAGUGUGGGAUGAAUCACUAGAGGCUCCCUUCUGAGAAAUUUUAGGGAUGAAAAGAAAUUAAUGCUCCAUAACUGAUGGACGGGCCAUUAUUCAGAGACACUGGACUCAGGAUCAGCUUUUAAAUCGGAUUAUGCCAACUUAGCUUCAAAGACUAGGAAAUUCUUAGCUAUGAAAAUGUGUCUUUGAUGGGCAAGCUACAAGAUUAAGAUUUGCUGGUCACAGCAUUGGAGCCGUUAUCAUGGAAGUUAUGUUACCUUGUACCGAUAUCCAUGCAAAGUGAGGUCGUUUGCUGAGAAUUGAUUAGCCAGGUUGAAUUAUAUUUACAUCAUUCAGUAUGUUGUUAUUUGGGGGGCCCUAAGUUAUUAAGGAUCAUAAAUAGCAAGAAUUUUCACCUUUGGAUCUUUUAGUAGUUUGCUUCAAUGACCGAGUCCCUUUUGCCCCUUUGCCCCGGAUCUGUCGGAGAGUACAUUUGUUUUGUCAUCUGUGCCUUUGGUUGCUGUCUUUGCUGAAAUUUAUUUUUUCUAGGAAUUGAAGAAUUAAAAGAGUAGUGCUAGACAUAUAAAACUGUCACAUUUUUUUUUUCUGGACAUUUAGAUUUAUCUUUCAACAUAUAUGCAGCAUUAUAAUAACACUUUCUAUUCAAUGUUUUUUUUUUUGGCGGAGGGGGGCGGGGUUAUAUAUACGAUUCAGUGGCUCUGUACAUUGAACAUAUGUUUCUUUUAAUCAGUCCAACGAUUGUCUGAUAUUUUU